AACAUUGUCUGUUACUUCUCCGUUUUUGCCUUCAAUAAUUGCAGCUGUUAAAUUUCCCAAAACCCACUCCACCGCCACAAAUACCACAACUAUUACCAUUUCCUUCUUCAUUUCUCUCAUCGGUCAUCUCAUGGCUUCCGCGCCUUCCAGUACAUUUAUCACCGAAUUCCCUCAGCCUCCGCCGUUCCCCGCCUCACCUCGCUCUGUAGAUUUAUCCCCACUGGAAUUCAUUCUCGCUCUCUUAGCAGUCAUCACAAUUCCCGCCUUGAUCUACGCUUUCUUUUUUUCUUUAAAGUGUCCUCCCUGGCCGUUUAGACGGCGUGGUACUUACGUCCACAGAUCUAAUAGUACUCGUAGUGCUACUACAGCCGAUGAUAACGUCGUUAAAGCAAGUGAAACGGAUAUUGUCACCGGCGUUAAGUACCAAAAAGAGACUCACGUUAAAGAUAUUGGCACUGAAUGUCCAGUUUGUUUGUCGGUUUUUACCGAUGGAGAAGAGAUUAAACAGCUGAGCGCGUGCAAACACUCGUUUCAUGCGUCUUGUAUUGACAUGUGGCUGAAAUCUCACUCAAAUUGUCCAAUUUGUCGUGCUUCGGUUCCCGUUAAGCGUCCUAAUGGUGGCACCGCCUCUUCCGGCAGAGAUCGCGAUGAUCUUCAACAAGGUUUGCCUGAUGCUGGCAGUUUGGUUUGAUAGUAAUUAAUUUACUUUCCUGUGAAAAAUUUUGUUUCAAAUUUUUUCUCCUUUCUAGAAAAUUUUGGAAGAUAAGAGAAUGGUAAGUGAAAGAAUCAAUUUCUUUGCUUCCAAACUUCAAUACUAGUUAUCCAGAAGUUUACUUUAGCUGGAAUUGAAACUGAUCAUGUUUCUAUAAAUCAAAGAUUUUAAUCAGAGAUUAGAUGAGUAAAGUUAGUUAUUUAAUAUGGUUAAUGAUGAACUUAGCUUAA